AUGGGUAUACGUAUUCAGAACGAAGAUUUAAGAAAUGAUCAUCACUUCAUUAAAAUCUGCUCGUACGCUGGAGCCACGAUUGCCGGCAACGAUGAAUUGUCAAUAACUGAAUAUAUACAAUCACAUAAUUCGAAACUGUUAUUCGAAAAAGUAGAAUCAGUUUUAAUUGUUGCAGGAACUAAUGAUUUAGGUAAAAAAACAGUUGAGCAAAUGAUAACAGAUAUUGCUCGCCUAGUUAUUAGCAUCAGAUACCACCAUCCGAAAGUGCAAAGAGUGUUGACACAUGAAAUAAUGCACAGAACGAAACCAACCGGACAACUACAAACUAAAGAAGAACUUAAAAGCAAGAUUACUCGUUAUAAUGAUCAGUUGCAGCGACAUGCAGCACAAUAUGGAUAUGAAGUAGUUCGGACCGAACUUACUGAUGACGAUCUGAUUGAUGGACUUCACUUAAAAGAAACUAGUCUUGUAAAACUUGUUUCCGCCAUAAAAGCUUCGUUUCUCCUGUAUACAGCUUCACAUAAUACACAAAGAACUGACGCACCUCCUCAAUCAAGUGCAGAAGGAAGUCUUCCUUCUCUACGUUCUUUUUUAGAAAAGAAAGGAUAUGACCUACGAGAACAACAUAUAGUUGAUUUACUUGAUCAUAAUGAGGAGCUAAUAGUGAAAGCACUACCCAAUUCUAUAAAACAAAGAAUUGAAGGAGGAACAACGGUUGACACCACAAAAAUUGAUAAACAUUUGAGUACAACUAAUUAUUACAAUAUAUCUGAUGAAAUAACGUCGAGGAAAACCGUGAAAUAUUAUGAAUUAUCAAUACUCGUUCAACAUUUAUUGAAUGCAAAUCAUAUUGAUCAAGCAGCAUUUAAUGAAUGUAAAACAAUUGAACAUAACCAUGUUCGGAUAAUGACACGAUCGGUGUUUGUUGAAAAAUUACUCCAUAAUCCACAUAAAGAAGAAUGUUCAGAUUCAUUUCAUGAUCAAACAAUUGAUACAUAUAAUGCACAACAAACAACAACGGCAUAUAAAGAUCUGUUCGAUGAUAUAUCAGUACCUAUUGACAAUACCGUUACUGUCACAUCGGAAACGACGUCGGUUAACAAUUAUCGGGUCAAAGCGGAUGAACAAGACGAUAAUCCCGAAGCAUCACAGCAAAAGAUGCCACCAGGUUAUGAAUUUACAACAUUACCAGAUCAAAUACAAUCAAUCGUCGAUGAAAACGAUUUAACCAGACUACGGGGACGUUCACAACUGGUUCUGAUCCACUUGUAUUAUUGGUAUCAUAAAGCAAGUAAUUAUAUUCUUAUUACACAAGCAUUACUCAAAGCUUUAAAGAUUCCAGUCACAGACGUGAAUGCAAUGAAUGAAUGGCGGGAAGCGAUUAAACAAAAGUUCAAAAAUAAACGUCGUCUUCUACAAGAAACAUCAUCAAUUGUCAAAAUCAAACAAGAAAAAUUUAGGAAAGGACAUGGGCGUCCUUUGAAGAAAAGUACAGCAAAAUCGGCUGAAUGUAAAAACGAAAAGUUUAUUUAUGUUGGUGAUAUUAAUAAUGAACAAGAUAUUGAACAGCAGAUUACAACAAUAGAAGAAGAAGUUGAAAGUGCAAUAACAAACAUUGAUUUAUUGAACAGUUUGUAG